AGCACUUUACCUCUUCCCACCAUCUCCUCCUCUUUUUUACCCUCUUUAAUUGUCAUACCCACUGUUUAUUGGAUGUAUGCAGAGCCUCUCGCGCACGACGAGCAAGGCGGCGCCAUUUUGACACCGUUUUGGAGCGAUGGACGUCGACAUUCUCGGUCGCAGCUACCCUCAAUUAAUACCUCGCACGACGGGGACAACAACGGCGAAAUAACCAUUUCUGGCCUGCCCGAUGAUGUCGACGUGGACCAGCAGAUAUCCCAGAAAUUGCUCGAUGUUGAACAAAGUCAGCACGUCAAGGCUGCUUCUUUCCCAGAACCGCCUGUGUCGCCGUUCUUUUCAUAUUCCCAGGAAAAUAUAUCCGAAGCGGAUCUCUCCAUGUCUCCGGCUGCAAUGUUUCUGUCUUCUUUCAGUCCAAGGGCUGAGCAAAAUGUACUCCCUGAUGACGAGGGCCAAGUUGUCUGUGGUUAUACCUUAGGCCCUAUAAUUGGCUACGGAGCUUUCUCUACUAUACGUCGGGCCUCCUCUCCUCAAGGCGGAACGGUUGCUGUCAAGAUUGUCCGCAGAACGGAUAUUAAUAAGCAGCAGGACCCUGAGAGGGCGAAGCAACAUUUGGAUCACGAAAGACAGGUAUGGUCGUCGCUGAAUCAUGAGCACAUCCUACCCCUGUUUUCGUCUUUGCACACCCCGUAUGCAGACUUCUUUGUCACACUUUAUUGUCCAGCAGGUAGCCUGUUUGACAUCCUGAAACGGGAUGGCCGGCCGGCACUGCCUCAGGACGAUGCGGGGAUGAUGUUCAGACAGGUGGUUCGCGGCUUGCGGUAUCUGCAUGAGGUAGCGGGUAUUGUGCAUGGCGAUAUGAAGCUCGAAAAUGUGCUUGUAGACGAAAUGGGUGUUUGUAGAAUCGGUGAUUUUGGAAUGGCACGAAAGAUAGGCAGUAGUGAUGAUAGUCAUUCGCCUUCUCCGCCGCCCGAGUGCGACCAAGAAAACACGAACGAACCAAUGCACGCACGUAUACGACAUCAUUCUACUAUGUCAAGUGCAGAACGAUUACAAAACAAACAUGGUACUCUCUUGCCAAUUCAUCUAUCGCUCAUACGGCAUCACAGUGGUCCACGCCACCGCAAUUCGAGUCCCUUACCCUCUUCAUCCGAAAUUCCUCAUGUAUUCCCUGAUCCGACUUUCCAGCCUGGCUCAUUGCCAUACGCAGCGCCAGAGUUGCUCUUACCUCAGAAUACAUCUUACACCCGUCCGAAUCCUGCACAGGAUAUCUGGGCUUUGGGUGUGAUGCUUUAUACCCUUUUGACGGGUAGAUUACCAUUCGCUGAUUCAUUUGAGCCGCGUUUGCAAAUGAAAAUUUUACAUGGUGCGUAUCUUCAGGAUGGUACACUUUUCAGUCGCGGCAAUCAUUCUUACGUACAUCCUUAUCCUUAUCUUUCCAAAGGUGUGUACGACGUCCCUGAAGGAAUCGGGCGUGGAGCAGAGCGUGUCUUGAAAGGCUGUCUUGAACGCUCUGUUGCAGAACGAUGGACAAUUGCGAUGGUAGACGAAGUUGCGUGGGGUGUAGGAUGGGGCUCUGAUGGCGAUGCAGUACCGUCUCCUGAACAAGCUUGUCGCCCUUUGCGCGAGCAAAUUGACACAGAAAAACCCUCAUCAGCGCCCUGCUCGCGUCCAUCCACUAGUCGCUCAACAUCAGCUGUCAGAAGCACCAGUCGCAGCGCUUCACGUUCUGCAGCCCACCCCUACCAGACUCCUCACUAUCAUACACAUCAUCACCAUCCUACGCUGCCGAGUUUUUCUGCAUUGAACGACUCCAUACUUCGAAGCGCAUCUAGCUGCUCAUCUUCAUCAUCUUCAUCGGUACCUUCUGAGUCUGCUCUUCACUUCUCAUCUGAUAGUUUCGAGUACGAUGACGCAGGAGAUCGUUUUGAACGAGGGAGGGCCUUACGUCCUCAUUCCCACCUGGCGACUUUGCAGUCAUCGUCUCGAUCGCCCAGUCCGCUAGACGUGCCGCCCACGCCUACUGAUGCUUCCUUACAUCCGGAGGGGAACCGUGGUCGGAAAGUGUCUCCACGUCAUCUCGAGACCUCUCCAUCUAAUCAUCCAUUCUUCAAACGAGACUCUCAGAUAACUUCGUCACCAUUGGAUACAGUGGAAGAAUACUCAGCUGCACACGACGCUCGUUGGGGGCUCAGCCCAGAUUCUACCCAAUCAUCUCUUGGUCGAGAGCGGUCACCAAGAAGUCUAUCUCACGAUGACACUUCGAGCAGGGCGCGCGAUGUUCGCAGUCCAUAUCAUGAAGAGCGAGUGAAGAUCAGGCCAGGCAGUAUGCCUCCUGCACCGUUUCCUGGAUUUCCGUGGAGGAUGGAUUUGCCCCCUCCAGAUAGAAGCGAGGAUUCGUCCACCGCCACCCCUAAAGCCAUACAAUCGUCGUCGAUACGAAGUCGAAGUGUCGGCUUCGAUAUCUUCGAUAGACGGUACUCGCCUGCGUUUAAGACAUGAAGGAUCUUGCGGUAGGGCAAGAACAAGAGUGUUUAAUCUUCAUUAGUCGGUCUCUCAUCGACUACAAUAUAUUCCCUCAUUCGCUGCAACGAACGUCGGUCGCAAUAUUUAGCGAAUCUUCGCAACCAUGUACCAUCACGCCAUACGAUCUUACGACGCUGAUGACGCGAAUCUUAGUUUCGUGCUAAUAUCUGUUCUUUUCGUGGCAUUUCGUUAUGUUUGGUCACUUCAAUCUCAUCCUUCGGUUCUGUUCAUGGUCUAUCUAUUGCACUUCAGUAUUUCUAGGCUUAGCAACAUGUGUCUCGAUAUCUGUCUUGUGUCCGAUUUCUUGUAUUACCCCCUACCUUACUUAUUCUGUACUACUACUAUCCCCAGUCAUGCACUUCUCCACGUUCUCAACCACGAUACCCCUUCCUCCACUCAUACUUUUCCCCUUGAUUACUCGUACUCACUCGUUCAAUUCAUGACAUAUUGGAAUUCAAUUGUCCUUCUGUCAAAUAAUACGACUCAAAUGUUCAAUGCGACUAUAUAUCUCGUCGACGUCUGUAAUAUACCAGUUCUGUAGUACAAGUAGCAUGAUUGUAAAUAUAUCGACACAUAAUUUACUUACAGG